CAGUUUCAAAAUUCUCAGAAGUUAUUUUCAGACAUGUCAUAAUAUUAUAUACGUUUCUCAGGGUUUUUAUUUGGUCAUAUCACACUUACUUUUCUUUAGAUAUCAGAGGCGAUGGGUUCCAUAUCGAAGGAACUUAUAAACCAGAUGAAGGUCAUACAGUCUGACUUCAAGAAUGACACGCCACCGGGUGAGGCGACCGGAGAUUCGAGUGGCAAAGAUGUUCUCCAGAUGAAGAACUGCCUGGGGAAAUUGGUUGCGUUGACGAGGACAAUGAGGGAGUUAUAUGUGGAGAGUAAUGAAAUGUCCGAUAAAGUGAAAUCCAUAAAUGGAAUGAUCCUGUCAAGAUGUAAUUUACACAUUAAGCGCCUGUCUUCGCUCUUGGGAUACUUUGAUUUUGAUGGAAAUCUAAAUAUAGCGAAUCAAUCAAUUUUUAAAAUAGGCGUUGAUAGUGUUCUCUUUGUGUUAGACAGUGUUAUUAAUGAGUCCUCAAUAAAGUCCUCUACGUCAGAAACGGCCCUUAAAAAGGCAAGUCAGAUAGUCAAAGAGCCAACCUUAAAUGAGAGCCAGCUAAAGGAGUUAAAGGACUUACGUCUCAAACUGAAAAAUUCCGAGAAAUGCUGGGAUUUGGAAAAGUUAGGACACAAUUUGAUGCUAUCAAGAGAACGAACGUUGGCCCUUCAGGCAAGAAAAACCCAGCGGGCUGUGGAAAAGCAACUCGUCAAGGAGCAGCAACGCGCUAAGGAAUUGGAGGAAAGUCUUUCUAAGUACAAGAACAUGCUAAAGAUCGUCACGGAACAGAAUCAAGAACUGAAGGAAAAAAGCAAGGAUACUAGUGAGGUCACCGAUCAGAGUCAACCAAAAGAAAGUUCUGUUCAGAGAUGGAGUGUUGAGCAAAGAAAGUGUAAGAUACCAAGCCGUGGGAAAAGUUUAGUAAAGACCCCUUUAAAGUUAAACCAAUCGCAGCAGGAAGCUCUUAAAAAUCUGAAACACCGCCUCAAGCAGGAGAAGAAAAUUAUGGGGAAAGCCAAGACAGCAAUAUCCCAGCUCAAAAAGGACAUAGACGAACUUUCUUUCAGAAAAGGAAAGCAGCGAAUUGUCAUUCAAAAAGAGAGAAACUCAAAAAAAAAGUUAGGAAAAAACCGAAAUCAUCCUUUGAACGUUAUAGAUGAUGUAUUGAAAUCCCUGGACCUUUACAACAAUUUCAAAAACCCAGAAAGCAAUGCCAAGUGGAGCCAACUUAUGGAAUCCCUUCAGGGUAAUCUACUUAUGAUACGAAAGAGGUGGCAAGAAACCUGUCCUGAGGGAGGGCCAGAGUCAAAAACAAAUUCAGUGAAGCCAACUUCAAGAAGCACUAAAAUUGAAGAACUUAGGUUCAAGCCCUGCCCAAGGUAUCGCCCACAAUCACAAUCAUCCCAGGAUUUGUUGGACAAGAUCUACAAGCCCAGCUGCCCGUCAACUCCUGUUCCAUCCAGAACGCGUUUAGCUCGGGUUGUAUCCAAGGAACGGGCCAAACCUGUGAACUUCGGGGUGUCCUCAUUACCUCUUCAAACUGGAUCCAAGACCUCCAGUAUCGUUUCAAAUGCCCCGCAGUAUCUGGGAAAAACCUUCGGAAAUCGGCGUCUAGACCUGCUCCGCUGGUGCAAGCUUCGGGUGAUGCCUUAUGGUAUUCCCAUGUACGAGUUCAGUGCGUCCUGGAGAAGUGGUCGAGCUCUGUGCGCCAUCAUCCACUCCUAUCGCCCUCAUCUGAUUGACAAUAAAUACCUGCAGAAGAAGGGAUCCAAAGAGACCUUGACCUAUGGCUUCGGUGUUGCCCAAUCCCUUGGUAUUCCUGGCUCCACGGACCUAAUUGCGGAGUGCCAAAAAAGCCAGUCCUGAUUUCCGAAAGAUCAUCGAGUUCUUGUUGAAGCUGCAAGGCUGCCUACAGGCAUAGAGUUGAACAAAUUUUAUUUUGCUUUUAUAGAAUAUAUUUUUAUAAAAACUUUAGUUUUUAGUCUUCGAAAAAGAUGCC